CCCAGCCUCCCUCCGGUCCCCCCAACCCCCCGCUCCGGUUCCUCCGCCACAGGUGGGCGUUCGGUCCGGUCCCACCUCCUCCGGCCAGACCGGCGGCCCCGAUGACCGUCACGUACACGGCCCGCGUGGCCAACGCGCGCUUCGGCGGCUUCUCGCAGCUGCUGCUGCUGUGGCGCGGCAGCAUCUACAAGCUGCUGUGGCGGGAGCUGCUCUGCUUCCUGGGGCUCUACAUGGCGCUGAGCGCGGCCUACCGCUUCGUGCUGGCCGAGGGGCACAAGCGCUACUUCGAGAAGCUCGUCAUCUACUGCGACCAGUACGCCAGCCUCAUCCCCGUCUCCUUCGUGCUCGGCUUCUACGUGAACCUGGUGGUGAACCGCUGGUGGAGCCAGUACCUGUGCAUGCCGCUGCCCGACGCGCUCAUGUGCAUCGUGUCCGGCACGGUGCACGGGCGCGACGAGCGCGGCCGCCUCUACCGGCGCACGCUCAUGCGCUACGCGGGGCUCUCGGCCGUGCUCAUCCUGCGCUCCGUCAGCACCGCCGUCUUCAAGCGCUUCCCCACCAUGGACCACGUGGUGGAGGCGGGGUUUAUGACCCGCGAGGAGCGCAAGAAGUUUGAGAACUUGAACUCAUCCUACAACAAGUACUGGGUGCCCUGCGUCUGGUUCUCCAACCUGGCGGCCCAGGCCCGGCGGGAGGGCCGCAUCCGCGACAACGGCGCCCUCAAACUGCUGCUGGAGGAGCUGACCGUGUUUCGGGGCAAGUGUGCGAUGCUCUUUCACUACGACUGGAUCAGCAUACCCCUGGUCUACACCCAGGUGGUGACCAUCGCUGUGUACAGUUACUUCCUGGCCUGCGUCAUCGGUCGCCAGUUCCUAGACCCCGCGCAGGGCUACAAAGACCACAACCUUGACCUGUUCGUGCCGGUCUUCACUCUGCUGCAGUUCUUCUUCUACGCCGGCUGGCUCAAGGUAGCAGAGCAGCUCAUCAACCCCUUUGGAGAGGACGACGACGAUUUUGAGACCAAUUUCCUGAUCGACCGCAACUUCCAGGUGUCCAUGCUGGCCGUGGACGAGAUGUACGAUGACCUGGCCAUGCUGGAGAGGGACUUGUACUGGGACGCAGCGGAGGCCCGGGCCCCCUACACCGCAGCCACCGCCUUCCUGAGGCUGCAGCCCUCCUUCCAGGGCUCCACCUUCGACAUCACGCUGGCCAAGGAGGACAUGCAGUUUGAGCGGCCCGACGGCGCGGACGUGCCGCUGGGCGAGGCGCAUGGCGACUUCUUGCAGCGCCUCCUGCCGGUGGGUCCGGGCACGGCUGCGGGAAGCCUGCUGGGCCGGCGCCUGUCCUUGAUGCGCCGCAAGAACAGCUGCGUGUCCGAGGCGUCCACAGCCGCCAGCUGCGCGGGCACCAGCGCCCUCGACGGCGUAGCCCCGGAGUGUGACUGUGGGGACCUGCUGUUGGACUCCGGGCUUCGAGAGCCGGAGCCCGAGCCCCACGCCGGGCCGGAGCCGCCAGCCCCGGGGCCGGACGCUGAGCCCUUCACCGCAGUGCCCAUGACCGCACCCCGAGGGCCGGCUCCGCCCUGGCUGCCCAGCCCCAUUGGCGAGGAAGAGGAGAAUCUGGCUUGAGACGCUUGAGACCCUUGGGCCCCAGAUCCCCAAGAACCAGGAAGCAAGACCCACAGGGCACCCAUGCAGACAUCUGGGUCUGCAUAAGCCCCUCGAGAAUGUCAUCUGCCGGCUUUAGACCCGCUCCCGCUACCUGUGCGCCUGCCUUCUCGUCUGGCCUGUGUCUCCUGUGGGCAGGCCCUGGGCUAAGGGGAAAGGCAUUUUUCCAGCUUAGAGCAGCUCAUUCUUUCUGCCGGUGCCCUCGCCCGCAACUGCCUGGAAAGGUUCUUUCUGUGUGUUGUUUCCACAAAAUGGAGAUAUGAGUGCCUCCCUCUUUGAGUGGCGAGGAUGGGAAUGAAAGAACAGCCUUAAAGCCUUUGUACAUAAUAGGUGCUCAAUAAAAUGUCAGUGGUUUCUACUCAAA